AUGUUAGUUGAUCGUAAUUGGAUGUACCACCGACUUAGUGAAAAUGGUUAUAUAAGAGCUGAGUUCUGUGAUGGAGUUAAAGGGUUCCUUGAGUUUGCAUUUACUCAGUUAGAGUAUUGUAGUGGUGAUAAGAUUAGAUGCCCUUGUAUAAGAUGUGACAAUCAGAAAUUUCUUAACCGUGAUACGGUCAAUGUUCAUCUUUUGAGAAAGGGGUUUACACCGGGGUAUUCAACAUGGUUUGCACAUGGGGAGUUACUUGGUGCAGUUGCUCCUAUAAGUACAAGUGCAGUAGAAGCAUCGACAUCAAUGGAUGUUGGUUGUGAACAUGGUCAGCAAUAUAGAACCAUGGUGAUGGAAGCUAUGGGCCCAGAAGAGGAACUUCAUUUGAGGAGUGCACUUGAAGUUAAUCAUAAGGAAGAGCCAAACAAGGAUGCUGCAGAUUUUUAUUUUUUGUUGAAAGAUGCAGAAGUACCUUUGUGGGAAGGGUGUAAAAAACACUCUAAGUUAUCUGCUAUUAGUCAAUUAUUAAAUUGCAAGUCUGAAUUUAAUAUGAGCAUAUCUUGCUAUGAUCGAAUCAUGAAAAUAGUGAAGAAUAUGUUGCCGGAAAGUGAGAAGCUGCCCCCUGAUUUCUAUCAAUCAAAGAAGAUGCUUCGGAAGUUGGGAUUGGAGUAUACAAGUAUUGAUGUUUGUGAGAAUAAUUGUAUGCUAUUCUAUAAGGAAACAGAGAAUUUGAUUGAGUGUACCAUUUGUGGUCAUCCUCGAUAUAAACUCAGAAGAAAUGAUGGUGGUGGUAGGAGAAAAGAUGUUCCUUAUAGAAGGUUGCGAUAUCUUCCAAUAACACCAAGACUUCAGAGGCUUUUUAUGUCAAGCAGAACGGCUGAAAACAUGUCAUGGCAUGUGAAGGGAGGUGAUUCAGAUGAGAUGGUGCAUCCUGCUUGUGGGGAGGCUUGGAAGCACUUUGACCGCAUUCAUCCAUCCUUUUCUACCGAGCCUCGUAAUGUGAGACUUGGGUUAUGUACUGAUGGUUUUAACCCUUUUAGCCAAUCAGCUCGUCCUUAUUCUUGUUGGCCAGUUUUCGUAACAGUUUACAAUCUUCCAUCAUCAAUAUGUAUGAAACGACCCUACAUUUUUCUAAGUUUAGUCAUUUCUGGACCUAAGAGCCCCGGCAAAAGUAUCGAUGUCUUGCUUAGGCCUUUGAUUGAUGAACUUAAAAUAUUGUGGAAAGUAGGGGUCAGCACUUAUGACAUUUUUAGAAAAGAGAAUUUUCAAAUGAAGGCAGCUUUAUUGUGGACUAUCAACGAUUUUCCUGCAUAUGGCAUGCUUUCAGGAUGGAGUACGCAUGGAAAGUUGGCCUGCCCGUAUUGUAUGGAGAACUCAAAAACUUUUACACUACAACAUGGUGGGAAGACUUCUUUUUUUGACUGCCAUCGUCAAUUCUUGCCCAUGGACCAUGCAUACAGAUACCAAGUUGAUGGUUUCUUCAAUGGUAGAAUAGAGACAGACCCCCCACCUCCUCGACUGUCUGGUGAGGAGUUGAAAAAUAGGGUCUCUGCCUUACCUAAUAUAACUUUUGGUUUGAAAGCCCCUAAGCACACCAUUCCUGAAUUCGGUAAAGAUCAUAAUUGGGUGAAAAGGAGCAUAUUUUGGGAGUUGCCCUAUUGGCAUACACUACUUAUUCGACAUAAUUUAGAUGUCAUGCAUAUUGUUCGAAAUGUGUUUCUCAAUAUAUUUUACACUUGUAUGGAUGUAAAAGGGAAGACUAAAGAUAAUGUGAAAGCAAGGCAAGAUUUAGAGCUGUAUUGCAAGCGUCCUAAGUUGAGGAUUCAAUUUGUUAAUGGAAAGCUAGUUAAGCCUCCAGCUUCCUAUGUAUUGUCCAAAGACCAAGCAAUGGAGGUCUGCGAGUGGGUGAAAGGGUUAAGACUCCCUGAUGGAUAUGCUUCAAACAUAUCGAAGUGUGUUAACCUGGAUGAUUAUAAGUUUUACGGGUUAAAAAGUCACGAUUGUCAUGUUUUCAUGCUGAGAUUGCUUUCAAUUGCAUUCCGUGAAGUAUUGCCAGCACCAGUGUGGAAUGCAUUGACAGAAUUAAGCUGUUACUUUAGAGAUUUAUGCAGCACAACUCUGCGUGUCCGAGAUAUGGAGGUUCUUGAGAAAAAUAUUGUGGUAACUCUCUGCAAACUUAAGAAGAUAUUCCCUCCUGCAUUUUUUGACUCAAUGGAGCACUUACCUGUUCAUCUAGCUUAUGAAGCUAAGGUUGGGGGGCCCGUGCAGUACAGAUGGAUGUACCCCUUUGAAAGGCUUAUGCAUAAUAUAAAGCAGAAGGUAAAGAAUCGAGCAUCGAUUGAAGGUUCUAUUGUCGAGGCUUACAUCAUAGAAGAAAUAUCAACUUUCUGUUCGCAUUAUUUUGAGCCUUCUAUACAAACGAGGUUAAAUCAAGUUCUCCGUAAUGAAGACGAAGGGGAGUUUGAUCUCAUGGAUCGUCCAUCCAUUUUUACUCAUCAAGGUCGGCCUUUUGGGAAACCUUUUGGAAGGCAUUUGACUACUCAGGAGUUUAGUGCUGCUGAAUUAUAUGUUCUUCUGAAUUGUGGAGUGAUUGAUUAA